UCAUGAGUGGUCGCUGCUUUAAGUUGUGAGUGACGGUCGUUUCUGAACAGAGCAGGUCUGGAGUUUAUCCUCGUGCUGUGAGAUACUUUACCAAAGAGGCUUCAACACUCAGUGAAAAGCGACUGGCUAGUGAUCUUUUUCUCUUUUUGCUCCCUGUGAGAAGCUGUCCAACAUAUUCAGCACUAUAGUGGACACUGCGAAAGAAAACUACUGUAAACAGCCCAUGGCGUUAACUGUGAACUGGUGGACUCUGGCUUUGAGCGCCUGUCUCGUGCUGAUGGUUCGCGCCGAAUGCGGCAGAGACUGUGCGCUCUGCGUUUACCGGCUGUUCCGUCAACAGAGAGAGAUCGACACACUGACCUGCUCGUUACAAUGUGAAGGGACAGUGGACUCCAGAAAACUAGAAAUCUGCAAAAACAUCCUCAGUGAAGAGGAUCGCCUUGCAAUGGACAACUUCAAACAAGAGGAAGAGAGUGCAGACCAUCUUCUCACCAAAAAAUAUGGUGGAUUCAUGAAGCGUUAUGGGGGCUUCAUGAUUAAGAAAGCAGCAGAGAUUGGCAUGGGAGCCCCAGCUGAGAGUGACAGCACAGAGCCCAUUAGUAAGAAAUAUGGAGGCUUUAUUAAGAAGGACAAGGUAGAACGUGGAGCGGAAGACCAACAGGUGGAGCUGUUGAGAGAGAUCCUCAGGGUCGGUCUCACCUCUGAGUCAGAUGAGCAGCAUGAUGGGGACAUGGUCAAGAGCUAUGAGGGAUUUAUGAGGAGUGUACAGGGUCUAGGUGAGGCAGGGAGAGACAUGCACAAGAGAUAUGGGGGGUUUAUGCGCAGAGUAGGCAGGCCUGACUGGUUGGACAACCAGAAAAGCAGUGGGUUUCUGAAACGCACUUGGGAGGAUGGAGGCGAGACUGCCCUGCCCAACAUGCAGAAGAGAUACGGUGGAUUCAUGGAUUAAAAUUUAAACAUGGACACCCAUCCUCAACAAUCUGUUCCUACUUUAUGUAGAGCUUGCACUGUAUUGUACUUGCACUGUAAUUUCAUGCGAAGCCAUUUUUAAUUUAUAUUUAUUUUAGGCUGAAUAUUCCUCCAUAAUGUGCAGUACGGUUACAUUUGUGUUCUCAGGCAAUAGGGUUUGUGUUUAACAAAAGAAAAGUGAUAAAACAUAUUUUCCCAUUCUCUGUGUUUACAGUGGAAUCAUCCAUCAGAUGGGACAAAGACAGAGAACAAUAAUAUAACUACUUUCUGGACAUUUUUCACAUUGUUUCACAUCGCUUUGUUCUCUGAGAAUCUCAUCACAUUAGCUAGUGUGCUUCGCUCCUUAAACAUUGAAGAUGAGGUUAAAUCUGCUGUCUGCACUUGAUAUGUUAAUGAUUGAUGCAUUUCUUUUAAAAAACUUUUCAACAGCUUUUGUUCUUGUUUAAAUCAAAGCAACAUUUCUGAGCUAGUAGCUGUAUACAAUACAAUAAAUUAAUCUUACUGCAGAAGUAAAAUGGCUCAUU